UCCUGGGUGGAUGGGUGGUCGCGCCGGAGAGGUCCUGGGUGAGUGGAGGGUCGCGCUGGCGGCGGGUGGAGGCGGCGACUUGUCGGUCGGUCCGUGUGAGGAGGAGGAGGAGGAGUUAGGUUCCUGACCAGUGUCAAUGAUGGCUGCUACAAUCGUACAUGAUACUUCGGAGGCUGUCGAGCUGUUUGCCCCUCAGGGUUUGUUCCUGAAGCCGAUCGCCAAGCUGACCAUCAGCGUGUCGCUCCCUCAGCUGAAGCAGCCCGGGAAAUCCAUAUCGAACUGGGAGGUGAUGGAGCGACUCAAAUGCAUGGUCCACCCCGAGCAGUUUGCCACACUCCGCGUGUCCAAGAGCACAAUGGACUUUGUUCGCUUCGAGGGCGAGGUUGAAAACAAGAACAUGGUGAAAACCUUCCUGUCCAAGCUGGACGCCAAGACUAUUAAACUCAGUGGCUUCACGGACACUUUAAAAGUACGUGCAGCGGAGGUCAAAAUAGACUUUCCGACUCGUCAUGACUGGGACUCUUUCUUCCGGGAUGCCAAAGACGUAAACGAGACUUUACCGGGAGAGAGGCCGGACACUAUCCAUUUGGAAGGACUGCCGUGCAAGUGGUUUGCACUGAAGAACCCCAGCUCGGAAAAGCCCAGUGAUUCUAUCCUUCGCAGCGUGUUUGAAUCCUUUGGCAAGAUUCGGAACGUGGACAUCCCAAUGUUGGACCCUUACAGGGAGGAGAUGACCGGGAAGAACUUUCACACCUUCAGCUUCGGUGGUCAUUUGAACUUUGAAGCCUAUGUCCAGUACCAGGAAUAUAUAGGGUUUGUAAAGGCAAUGGAUGCCUUGAGAGGAAUGAAACUGCUGUACAAAGGUGAUGAUGCUAAAGCAGUGGCCUGCAGCAUAAAGGUGACAUUUGACACAACAAAGCACCUGAGCGACUUGUCGAUCAGGAGGAGGCAGCUGGAGCGGCAGAAGUUGCAGGAGCUGGAACUGCAGCGGGAAGAGCAGAAACGCCGCGAGAAAGAGGAAGAAGAACGGAAGAAGGACGAGGAAAGGAGGCAGCGAGAGUUUGAAGAGCAGGAGAGAGAGAGGAAGAGAGAAGAAAAGGUCAGGAAGCGGGAACAGAAGCAGAAGGAGCGGGAGGAGCGGCGGAACAUGCGCAAGCUGCAACGCGAGGAGCAGAAAAGGCUGCAGGAGAAAAUAGCUCUGGAGGAAAGAAAGCUGCUGCUGGCACAGAGGAACCUGCAGUCUAUCCGGCUGAUCGCAGAGCUGCUCAGCAGAGCCAAGGCUGGUAAACAGCAGGAGCUUGAGGCACGGGAAGUGGAAGCAACCCGGCUACACAAAAUGGAGGAAAAGAGGCGGCAGCAAGAGACCGAGCUGCGGAAAGUGGAAGAGGAGAAAGAGCGAGUGGUGGAGUUGCAGCAUAAGGAGAAGGAGCUGCGGGAGAAACUGCUGGAGAACCUCAAGCGGAAGGAAAGUCAGAGCCAGCAGAGACGGGAAGAGUCGAAGCCCUGCCACGCACACCAAGUGGCGAUGAAGCCCCUUGCCAGUGCGUCCCCAGCGCUGGAAACUGCCCCUGCCACCACCGCCCAGGCAAGCGUUGAUCGCACUGCAGGUCAGGCGGCUGUAAUCCACAAGAAUGUGCCGCUCAACAAGGACCUAAAUGGGCACCCAGACACGGCUGGAAGGUAUGUCAAUAAUUCGGACCAAGCCCCGGCGCAAAUAAAUACAAGUCCGGCCGAUCGUCCGAGCGGCACCAAGCCUGCUCAGAACGAGCAGUGUACGACGGGAGCGGCUAAUAGCCAAGGGCGUUCUUCCCAGGAACGCUGCGGUAAAAAGGGUAAAUGCCAGAACGGGCCGAGCCACAAAGAGAAGGAGCCGCAGAGCAACCCCGCCAACGUUGAAGGCCACCAGUUGCAAAAGGAUUUGAACAAGGGACGGGGCUCGCGCAAGAGCAGCGGCAGCAGUGAGCGGAGUAGGAACUGGAGGGAGUCCAGCAGCGACAGCAGCUGCCACCAGAGGGAAUGGAGCCGGCACCAGACCCGCACCAGGAAGGAGAGCGGCCGGCACGCCCGGGACCCGAGCAGGGAGCGGGGCCGCUCCUGGCGAGACCUUGGCAGCGAGCAGGGCCGGGGCCGGCGGGAGACGAGCCGCGAGCGGAGGCGUUGCAAGAGCAGGGAGCGCCCCCGCUGCCGGUGGGGAUCCAGCCGCGAACGGAAUCAGAGCGCCGAGCGGCGGCGGCCCGGCCUGAGCGGGGAACGGCCCCGUCGGCCGAGGAGCGCCAGCAGGGACCGCGUCCGGCGCCGCGGAGACUCUGGCGAGGAGCGCGGCUCCAGCAAAGGACGCAGCCGCCAUCGGAGGUAGUCAAAGCCGGCCGCAAUGCUGGCUGUCCCCAUGGGCAAAACCGGAGAGUAACAGACUCAACAGCAACAAGUCAGAGGCUCACCUGCGCCUGGGACGGUUUGGUUAACAAAUACAGCUCGGAAUAAUCGCCCGGUGUGGCAAUUCCAAUUAAAACCAUUGAGGCAAAUGUCACUUGAAGUAGUAAGUUUGCAUUGAAGAAGUCUCCUUUGUUCCGGUGGAAGGGGCAGAAACAGGAAAGGCAUACAAUCACAGAUUCUGACAACACGGGAUAGCACUGUACUUCACUGAACCUGGCAACAGUUACACGAUUCUUUAACAUUGUAAUUGUUUGGUCCUUGCAAAGUUCCCUGAUAAAGUUCCAACGUUUUGAUGUAAAUUCGGUAACUACUUGUGUUUUGGUUGCAAAUUAUUAUUGCAAGGCAGUAUUUAGAAAGUGUGCAGUGGUUGUGUUGUGGCAAUCCGUUGCAUACGGCAUUUAUCCCAUGAUGAAUUUUAGUCAAUGCUGUACAUGUUUUAUUAUCUCCUGUGAACUGCUGCUCAUGUCACGUUCGUUUCAAUUAACACUUCACCACGCUUAUUUAUUAUGCACCCUAUGCCCUUGAGAAUCGAAAUACACUCGAAAGAUUAGUGGCAAACUUGGUUUAUGCGGCUGAUAUUUCCAUGAAGUUCUUGGCAGUGCCUCUCAUGGGUAUGGUCGGUGUUAGGAGUUUCACCACUUGAUCAAGCCAUUUCCUGACUUCCUUCGGCAAACAUUAACUGCUCAUUGUCAACUUGGCGCGGACAGUAUAGCUAGCCCUGACUGUUGGUGUAGAAGAUGGCCACCUGAAAUUGGCAUUAGACGAAGCUGCUAGAUUUAAGUUAUAGGCAUCAACUGCUCAAGAUCCCUGUUUGGGAGCAAAGUAUAUUUUAAUGGCCCAUCACAAAGUCAGAGGGAUGGGUAAGUAGCGAGAUCUGACUUGCAGUUCAGUGGUUGAGAAGAGAAAGCAGACAUUAUGAAGAACAAAACUACCGGGUUACCAUUGAGAAAUCCACAGUUCUGUAACUGAAUGGUGUGGAGACUGCAUAGCAUCGAGUAAUUCGCAUCCUGUCUGUUCAACAUAGAGAAGCUUGAAGCUCCCCAAUGUGUUGGAACCUUUUCCGUUCUACCAACCAAGCACGAAUGCAGGAGUCUCUAGCUCAGCUAUUGACUGGCUGCUGUCUUAAGUUCACCUUGCAUGCGACAUCCAGUUCAGCCUCCCAUCCAUUAGAAGAUUGGACUGUCUUUACCUUGUACAGGUAUUUUCAGGGUUAAGUGGAUUGCUCCUGCAAGACCCACCACAGAGCCGGGUUUGUUGUAUUUGUGUUCAGCCAUUUGAAGUUGAAUGGAAAGUAUUUCUGAUUUCCAAAUGUGCCUCCCAUUGGGUUUUUUUUUAAAUCUUUUCGAUGUCCUUCUGAGAGAGAUUGUAAUUUCACUGAAGCUUUCCAGUUUUAAAGUAAUGGGACCAAACCGUCAAGCAAUCCUUUUUAAAACAAACUAUCUGUGCCACAUUUUGAUUGAUGAUUUAGCUUUUGGUAGCUAUUUCAAAUGCUGUGUAAUCCUCACAGUAUAGCUCUAGUCACAGUUAGUUUCAUCAUAGAGCAAACUAUUUUCUAUACCUCAACUGAGAAAGUGAAGCAUCCUGCUCCAUAAUGUUUUGAAUUGGAUAGACGAUCAACACGAAAACUACUGAUGGUAACUGCUGGUGUUAGUGCAAGAAAAUGGACGUCCAGUGUUGUUAACAUAUUGGCAUCUUCCAGUCAGAAACUACCGCUGAUGGACACGAGAUGCUGGAGUAACUCAACGGGUCAGGCCGGGCAUCUGUGGAGAAAAGGAAUAGGUGAGGUUGCUCUGCCUGGCCCGCUGAGUUACUCCAGCACCUCGUGCCUGUCUUCAGUAUAAACCAGCAUCUGCAGUUCCUUUCCGCACACUACAGCUCAUGGUGAGUGAACAAUCUGAGUUGCAAGUAGAUUAGUUAUUGAACGGGUACUGAAUUCUCAUCUGUUUUCACCCUUUUGUCUUCUGAUUGACGAAGAUGAUACUUUAUUGUCACUUGUAUGUAGCUAGGUACAGUGAAAUUCUUUGUUUUUGUAUAUAAAGGGCACAAAAGUGUCGCCACAAAGGUGCCAACAAAGUUACAAAAAAUACUCAUCCCUUCUCUGUCCUCCAUCUUUCCCCCUCCCUCCCUCUGGAUCCCCCUUUGUUCUCGGCGGCCCACCCACGCUAGGUCCCCCAUAGUUCUCAGCAGCCCCCCCCUCCUCACGCCAGCUCCUCGGGUACACGGCCAGUCCACCGCAGCCCGACCUCGAGACUCCGACCUCUUCCUCCACCCCGAGGUUCGUUUCGAGGUUCCGAUCCCGCCCCUUCCUCCAGGGACUCCGAUCUCACGCCGUGGGGUCCUCCCUUUGCACCUGCAUCCACGAUAGCAAAGACCAGCCCCUGGUGUGACUUUCUGCAGCACCCUCUCCUCUUUCCCCUUGGCCUCGUCAACCGAGAUCCCAAUGGGGUGGGUAGGAGGGAGGACCUGGAUGGAACGGUGCAUCUCAUUUCCCCAACCCCCCCCCCCCCCCCCCCCCCAACUCCAAAAACAUCACCUUAACUGGGAUAUUUCCCUAAAUGAUACAAAUGUGAUCGCUUUGAUUACUCUUUUGUUUUGUCUUUUGUUCUGGUGUGGUAUUUGAAAGGCAACCUCAAUUAAAGGUCGGGAACUGCAGUGCACUUGGGUCAAAAGCAGUUCUGAUUCACACUUGCCAUUGAUGUGCCCUCAAACAGCUUAAAAAACCCUGAAAACCCAAUUUUUACUCUUUAUCAAAUGACAUUAGAUCCAGAAAGAUUAAUAUUAAAUUUUUCAGAAGGCUUAAAUAAUCUACAAAUAGCUCACUCGUAGAGUACUGGUAUUUGGAUGGCCCAAAAGAGGUUUUGUCCAGUUAGUCGACAACAGCCUCGCAAUGAAACCUUCGAUCUGUGUGAGUGUAUCUAAAAUUUCACUUUAAAACUGAAAGUUCUCUCAGUAAUUUGAUGGCUGAGUAGUAGAGCAUAUAUAAGCAUUGAGAAUUUAAUUUACAAACAAAAGCCCGGAACUUGUUUUUAGCUUCAAUGGUGACCUUGAUGUGUCGCCUUGUUUUCAGUGUUGUGUAUUUCCUGUUCUGUACCAAACUCUUCAUUCAAAAUUGCAUAAUAAAUGCCAUUUUGUUGCCAUUUGUCUCUUACCUAUCAUUUGCUGAAUGUUAGUCUUCACCAAAUUUAUUAGAAUUGUCCUGUAUUUAUUUUGUUUUUUUCGCACAACUGUCAAUGGUUUGCAUCCUCCAGUAAAAAAAAGUUUAUUUUGAAA